UAUCCAAAAACACCGAUGCACUGUACGUUAUAAAUAAAAAGUUAUCAUUUCUAGUGUACACGUAUUCAAAUGCACAAACAAUUUAAAUGAUUUUUAACGUGUUGACAUACGGGCGUCAGAUAUGGAAACGAACAACUCAAGAAUGGACGGAGAAAUAGUGUCCGAGAAAUGGAAUAAAGUUGAGGAUUUUGAAGAACGGUAUGCUCUCCAAGAUGCUGCACCGAAAGCAACACUACGACAACAAAUAACUGGGUAUGCAGGGAAGUGUUGUACAAGAGACAAAUUAAAAUCGGCCUUACAUUCUAAUUUUCCUUUCAUAAAUGUCAUAAGGAAAUAUAAGAUUUUACAGGAUCUUCCAAGUGAUAUAAUCGCAGGACUUACAGUCGGAAUCAUGCAAAUUCCACAAGGAAUGGCAUAUGCUUUGCUAGCUUCUCUUCCUCCAAUCUGUGGUCUGUAUACGUCUUUCUUUGGACCGUUAAUAUACUUUUUUACUGGGACUUCAAGACAUGCUUCAAUGGGAACUAUCGCAAUCGUUGGAUUGAUGAUCGCAUCCGUCCUUGACACAAGUCUAGGUAAGGAUAACUCACCUGGUGUCAUGGUCUCUAAUUAUACCAAUGAUUCCAUGCCUAUUCUGGAACAAACUGGAAUGACGGAACACGAGAUCAAGAAGAUCAAAAUGGCGACUGCUCUGUCGUUUGUGUCAGGAUUAGUGAUGGUACUUUUGGGGAAGAUGCGACUUGGAUUGGUAGCCACCUACAUGUCAGAAUAUUUGGUCAGCGGAUUCACAUCCGGUGUAGCAAUCCAUGUAGUAACAAGUCAGAUGAAACAUAUAUUGGGCAUCAAUGUUCAGCGACAUAAUGGUGUAUUUAAAAUAAUCCGAACAUGGAAAGACAUAAUACUUAAUGUUUCGUCCACCAAUGUUGCCGCGUUGUUGACGUCAAUAAUCUCCAUGGUGAUUUUAUACCUUGUUAAAGUACAGAUCAACCAACGAUUCAAGAGUAAAUUAAAGAUACCUAUUCCUAUAGAGAUUAUUGUAGUUGCCAUAGCUACAGUUAUAUCACACUUCGCAAAGUUCAGAGAAAAUUUUGACGUAAAUGUAUUAAAAGACAUUCCUGCGGGUAUACCCAAACCUGAUAUUCCUGAUCCAACACUUUUAGAUGGACACGUGAAGGAUGCCAUUAUUAUUGGAAUUGUAGCAUUCUCUCAGUCUGUAUCCAUGGCGAAGAUACUAGCAAAGAAAAAUAACUACAGAAUUAAUCCGAGUCAGGAAAUGGUAGCCUAUGGAGCAGGAAGUGUUUUAUGCUCACUGUUUUCUGGCUAUAUAACUGCAGCUUCGGUAGCUCGAAGUAUGGUUCAAGAUGGCGCUGGUGGGCGAACCCAGGUAGCGUCCUUGUUUGGUUGUCUGGUAGUUCUAGUUGUUAUAGUAGCAGUUGGACCAUUAUUUUACUCAUUACCCAAGUGUGUGCUUUCAUCUGUGAUAUUUGUGAACCUGAGAGGAAUGUUCUUACAAUUUUUGGAAGUACCAAAAACAUUUAGAAGAUCAAAGUAUGACUUUUCUAUAUGGCUUGUGACAUUUCUGUGUACUGUAAUCCUGGAUGCUGACCUUGGAAUAGCUAUUGGUAUCCUGUAUUCACUCUUUACAGUUGCUCUGCGAACUCAAAUACCAUUAUACAGUAGAUUGGCAUAUGUUGGAAGGACGAAUAUAAUGAGGCCAUACAAGGAUUUUUCACCGCAAACAGAACCAAGUGGCUUCCGAGUGAUACAGUACCAAUCUCCAAUUUAUUUUGCAAAUAGUGACAUGUUUGUUAAAGCUGUAGCUAAAGCAUCAGGUGUCGAUCCUGAAAAACUAAGAAAAAUGAAGAAGAAACUUGAUAAACAGAAAAAAGAAUCUGCAGAAAAUGAAGAACAGUUAACAAAUGUUAAUUCAGAUGAAAAGGAAAAAGUCAUACUAAAUGUUGACACGAGUGCAUUAACUGAUGUCACAACUAUUGUUCUUGACUGCUCCACUAUAAAUUUUGUUGACUUGGUCGGAGUAAAAGCACUACGUCGCCUGUUUAAUGAAUAUGAAAAGGUGAACAUUCGUGUUUUCUUGGCUGCACCUAACAAAAAAGUAUUAUCCAUAUUAAAGGCAGCAGAAUUCUUUGAAGAAUAUAAGGACAGUAUAUACAUAGAUGUCUCAAGUGCUUUAGGCAAUCACCCUAAUGCUGAGGUGUAAGAAUGCAUACAUCACUGAUCGCAUAGAUCUUCAUAAUCUAAUAUUUAGAAAUCAAAAUUGUAGAAACAUAUAUCACAAUAAAUGUAGCAGAAUUUGA